AUAUCCGUUUGUGCAAUAAUUGAGGCAUUUCCAWGCUUAUUCUCAUACGAAAAACAUCAAAUUUCUUCACCUACUUAAUCGCUUUCCGGUCGCCAUCUUGGUCAGCGGUUUUUGAAUUGACAUAUAUUUUCAAAUCUUCAUGAAAGCCACAUAUUAUGUUGAUUUUUUAAGAUAUCAAAAGAGUAACAGUAGAUUUAAGAGGGGGGACGAGUUGAAAAGUUCUGUAUGUAAUAAUAUAUAAAUCACAAAUAGCAAAAAAAAAAAAAAAAAAAAAAAUGAAUUGAAUAUCUAACUGAUGUAUGUUACAUAACUCAGCUCGAGUCGACUUUGGCAACUCAGGAUUUUAACCCUAUUGCUCAUUUAGGUCAUGAUAGCAGAAUGUUUGGCCAAAAAGUAUCCAUGCGACGGACAAAUUUCUGGGUCUUCUUGGUAKUUGUCGGCAUUGCUCUCUUCGMUKUACUGUAUUCUUACAACCAAGUUAUCUUGCCAAUUCAAAAAAGKGUCACUCCAAUUUUACCCUUGUGUCAUAAUGUUCUACAAGUAAUGCGCGAAGGUUCGUGGAUUAAAAAGCCUUAUAUAACAACAGAUGACUUCAAACGACGGUACGACAUGAACAUCRUUCUGCGAAAACAUCGAGGGCAGCCAGCUUAUCUCAAUCGGAGCGACUUUCGAUGUGGGAUAAAUUAUACCAUCUAUGCGCCAGAUUUCGGCCCUAAAAUACCAGCACUGUGCAUGCGUAAUAGUGACAGGCAUUGCUGUAACUCUGAUGGACUGUGCAGUAAUGGACAAGGCAACUGCUCAUGCGCAGAAUGYACGGAUUUUCGAAAUAUUGUGGAGGCCGAGUUGUAUGAUUGGCUGCCAUUACGCUGCAAAAUCAUGAACUAUAGUAGCGAUGAGUCAUGCGCAAUGGUUGGUGAGAGAUUGACCAAUCUAGUCGUCGUUGGAGAUUCCUUGAUGCGUCAUUUUUUUGCUGCUUUAAUGUUAAUAUUUACUGGUGAUUCAAACACAGGCGUGUUACGAAAACAUUUAGCCCACUGCAUGGGGGAAAGGCAAUUUGUUGAUCGCGGGAAGGCAAAUUGUCAUACUUUCAUCGCAAYGAGCUCGGAARAGAAAAAGGGAAAAUUUUGUCAAGGAAAAGCGAAAUUCAGUCUCGUCUUUAAAGAAUACUACAACUUAGAUCAUGCAGAGAAAAUUUUGGCUGUAGUUAAAAAACAUCUUAAUAGAUCAAACUCGUUGAUCGUAUUGGGMAUUGGUAUCCACAAUGGAUUGAAUGCUGAAGAGCACCAAUCUAAGCUUAUUGAUCCGAUAUUAAAGGUUAUUGGAUCACGAAAGUGGCCACGUCUACUCUGGACUACCACGCAUGCGCAAGGAUUUCUCAAGCCAUCAUCGUUUAGAAAGAUGGGGCAAAACAAUGACAAAAUUUCCCAGUACAAUCGAGUAAUGCGUGAUAAGCUAAAACAGAAAGGGGUAGAAGUUUUUGAUGUUUUUCCGAUGACUAAAGAUGUUCAUAGUUACGAUGGCACGCACUACGGUUAUGGCAUGAACAUGAUCAAAGCACAAUAUCUUUUAAACUAUAUUCAACAAACUAUCAAAGCGAAGUAGCUAUUAUUUGGUAUGGUAGGGUCAGGAGAAGGGUGGGAAAUGGCAUGAAUAUGAUCAAAGCACAAUAUCUUUAAAACUAUAUUCAUCAAACAAUCCAAGAAACGCCAACAAUGGCCAAUUUUUGAUCAAAAUGCAUGGGCUAUAGCUCUCCAAAAACGCCAAAAAUGGUGCAUUUUUGGAUUUGGAUAUCCAAACACAGGUUUGGAACUAAUUACCAUCCGAUGUUGGAUCAUGGUAUCUAAGGUUAUGCACGUGAMCCUAAAAUAAACACCCGAUUGGACUAUGAAGCCAUGAAUUAUAAAUGAGUUUGAGAAGGGAGAUUGCACGAGCGAAAGGGACUAUGGUUACACUGUUUUGAUAAGCAAAAUUUCRC